AUCAUUUCGGACGGCAAGUCGGCAGCUUAAAAAAAAUUAUUCAUGAAUAACUCCCGCAUUCUGAGGACUACAAAUGUUGUGCUCUUACUUAUGGGUUAUCAAAGGCAUUGGUUUGAAAAAAAGGAGCAUAGAUUCCGAUUGUCCAUUCCCAGUGUACUUUACAUAUUUUUCCUCGGAGUUGUGUAUGCCGCGUGCUUCUCCCAACAUUUUGAUACGUCGUCGUCUACACUGAAAGUCUUGAAAGAUACAUCACCUUUCUUAUUUGGAUUAAUCAGGAUGCAUCUUGUAUUGGGAGCAAAAGCUUUUCUUUAUGCCGUAUAUUCUUCGGUGAAGGCUGUGAGUGCAGUUAACCGCCUGUUGGAAGCUCUGCCCAUUAGAAAUUCUGAAUUUAAGAAAGAUGAGGCCUUGGCCUACGUUUUACUGAGUUCAACCUUUGUUAUACUCUGCAGUUUUGCGAUCUACAUAGCAUAUGAAAUGAAAUUCGAGCCACCCCCCCUGCAAGAUGCUAUGCUUGGCAUGGCUCUAUUCUUUCCGCAUCUUAUUUUAGCUGGGUCCGUGAGAUUGUACAUAGUUUUAUCCUGGUUGAGUCGAGGACAGCUAAAAGAUCUUAAAAAAAAUGUGGAGGAGGAGUUAAGUGUUAAUUUGACGAUGGACACGGCAAAUACUGCUUCCACUUCUGUUACUGUUUUUACGAAGAGCUUGGAAAAUUUAAAGACAAAACUCGAGACUCUGGGAGCCAAUUUUUUCAUUUUUGCCCAGUCAUUAAAACAUUCUGUGAUGUUUCUUUUUGCCAUGCAUGCAAACUGCCUUUUGGGAGGAAUCUAUUCCUUAACGUACUACUGGAAUACUUGGUACGUUUUGUUCGAGGAUCGCAAGCGAAGAAUCUUCUAUGCGGCAAAUGCCUCAAUAUACGCCUGUAUUGCCAGUGAUUACAUUUGCCUGAUGGUUGUAUUGUUUACGAUGGAGAACGAGCGGCGAAACUUUAUUGAGGCUAUAGAUUUCUUGUUGGCACAGAGGAAAUUGUUAUCAAAAAAAUUGCGGCCUAUCGCCAAAGAUUUAAGAGGUGUUUUAAAAACAAAAGUUUGUUUUAAAUUUGAUAAGCCUGUUCAAUCAAAUAUCUGUUACGUCUGUUUGAUGGUAAGCGCUCAGGUGAUAAUAAUAACAUUGAUUGUGACUGUUCGUUAUCUGAAUGACGAAAUUUUGUUGCUUAAAGAAGAGAUUAGCAGCACGGACGAUGAUUAA